AUGGAUCAUCUCAAAGCUGCACUCAACCGCAAGCACCCUUUCGAGACGGGCAUAACUCUACCGCUGUCUCUCGAAGCAGCUAUUGAAACCCAACUCUCUUUGACUCCCGACGAGAUCAUCCGGCGUCGGAAGCUCACCAUGGAAGCAAUCAAGAAGCGAGCGGUAGCAUUGGAGUCAGCAACUACUACUUCGCAGGCCUCCAUGCACUCCGAUGUCGCAAAGAUCGCCGGCAACCUGAAUUUGGACCUCCUGGAGGAACUCAUAGACUUGACGGAGUAUACAGACAGAGCUCUGGUCGAAGACCUCCGCAAUGGCAUGCCGGUAGUCGGUCACAUUACGGUGUCACCCGGGGUAUUCGCGCCCCCUCGCCCCCCGAUGGACUCGGAUGGCAAAGAAAGGGUCAUCUCUCUCGAUCAGUUGCACAGCAGAGCAAGAUCCGCCCGAGCUGGUAUCAUCAACUCCAUUUGCGAGGAAGGCUUCAAAGCGGAGGCUUGGGAAGGCACCCUUCAAGAAGUGGAGAAAGGACACUUGGAAGGUCCUUCACAGCUGGCCGCUAUCGAAUCGUCCUUCGAAAACCCGGUCAUUGUUAGACGUGUUCCUGUCCACCAAAGUGAUAAAACUCGCCUUUGCGAUGAUUAUAAACGGAGCCACACAAAUUUGGCUACGUCCUUUGGGCAGCGCGUGACCCUGCCCACCCACCAGACUCUGAUCGGUGCAUGGAGACGUCUGAGCAGGGCUGCCGACGGCUGCAAUUUCCAGAUCUUCAAGGGUGAUCACGAGAAUGCCUAUCGGCAAGUACCGACUCAUCCGGAUCAUGCUCAAUAUCAAUUGAUCUGUAUAGCUGAUCCUGACAACAAACCGGCCAUAUUCCGUCAUCGAGCCGCAUCUUUUGGGUCCAGCUCGAGCGUAACCUCAUAUUGUCGGGUAUCCCAAUGCUUGGUGCACCUCUUACGGGUCCUCUUCUGCUUGGCUGCUAUGUCAUUCAUCGAUGACUAUUGGUCAGUAGAGCGGAGUGAAACAUCACCCUCCGCUUUCGAAUGCUGGAUCUUCCUCAAUGAAGUCAUCGGCUUCCGCGAGAAAGUGACCAAACGGACUCCGCCCAGCAAUGACAUCGAUCUGCUCGGCUUAGGAGUCAAGUUAGACAGAGAAUCUCUCACCUUGAGCCUCCCAGAGGAGAAGCGAAUCUCUCUCGAGACACUGAUGAGGGAACUGUCGCAGUUAGCUGUUCCCAGCCCAGGUCGGAUACGCAAGCUUUGCGGGAAGCUCACGUUUGCGUCUGCAACAUCGGGAGACUUCUCAUGGCGUGCUUCCAUCAGACGGCUACACGCCCAACUUCGGGGAAGGAGGGACCCGAAAAAGUUAGCACUGCUAACUUAG